UGAAGGCGUUCGUCAUCUUUAAACGACGCGAAUCCCACGAUAAUACCGUCAGAGUAUUAUUUAAAAUCCUACACAAUAAAAUUAGAAGAGAAGGCAUAUGUAUAAUAACAGGCUGAAGUAAAGACUGUGUGUUGAGAGGGAGGGAGACGGAGGAAAGUCCUGCCCUUUCUGAAAGAUUUCCUGUUUCACUGGGCGAGCAGAAGCAAGCGACUCAAGCCCUCGGAUUCCCUCAGUCUGUUGACUUCAGCAGCAUGAGACGCUCUGCUUUCCUCAGGAUCAGACGCUAAAAUCACUAGGCUUUCUGGUCAAACAACGCCAGCUUGGUCGCGUUCACAUUAAUGCGAGGGAUACGGACAGGACUGCGUUUCUAAUGGCGCAAUAUUGGCUUUCUCUGCUCUGUUGGGGGACUUUUUUGAUUUCUUCGGCUGUCAUGGAUCGGAGCGGAGUCGAUGGGAUGCAUCCUUUAUAUAAUCCAAUACGGAUUCCUCAGCUGUGUAAGUUCUGUGACGUGGAGGCAUCCGACUGUAAAGGCACCGGCACCUGUGAAAGCAACUGCAGCAUCACAUCCAUCUGUGCCCAUGCCGAAGAAAUCUGUGUGGCUAUCUGGAGGAAGAGUGAUGACAACAACACGAUUGAGACAUUGUGCCACAACCCAUCUGAGCCCCUCUACGGCAUCAUGGUGGAGAACUACAACAACACCAAGUGUGAAAUAAAAAAGAGGAUGUCAAACAGAGGCCCCUUCCACAUCUGCUCCUGCAACGCCGAGGAGUGCAACGACAUACUGAUGUUCACGCUCCGUUACCAGGCUGUGCUGUCUCAGGCAGACUUUCUACUGGCUUUGGUUGUGUGGACGGCUGAGGAUCUCAGACAUGUGGUUUCCUGUCUGUGUAACUUGAAGCAGAGACAUCACAACCACAUGGUGGGUACAGCCAGGUACAUGGCUCCAGAAGUGCUGGAAUCAAGGAUCAACCUUGAGAACAUCGAGUCAUUCAAGCAAACCGAUGUCUACUCCAUGGCCCUGGUGCUGUGGGAGAUCACGUCCAGGUGUAACGCCAUCGGAGAGGUUAAAGACUACGAACCUCCAUUUGGCUCUAAAGUCCGAGAGCACCCCUGUGUGGAGAGCAUGAAAGACAAUGUGCUGAGAGACCGGGGCAGACCAGAGAUUCCCAGCAGCUGGAUGAAACACCAGGGUGUGGCUGCAGUCUGUACCACCAUCAACGAGUGCUGGGAUCACGACCCUGAAGCCCGGCUCACGGCACAGUGUGUGGCCGAACGCUUCAACGAGAUGGAUGACGACCUAGACAAGUUGUCAACCUGCAGCAGCUCUGAGGAGAAGAUUCCAGAAGAUUGCUCCGUGAGCGUGAGCGAUGACAAAUGAGAGCGAGAGAGAGAGAAAGGUCACUCUUUCUCUCUCUCUCUCUGCAGAAACUGAAUGUUUGGAUCCCUCCAGUGGGGUGGAGUGGAAGAACAUGGCCUUUUCAUAAAGCUUUAUGUUUCAUAACCAAAGAUUUCAUGCACUUUAUCAGAUUAUGCAUAGCUCACACUGAGGAAGGUCAUGCUACCAAGCAAGAGGAGCUGGACAGAUGCUGGUUUUCUCCUCUGACAGCUGACCGAGAGCCAAAAGUAAUCAGGAAAAUGUUUCGCCUCAACACUAAAGGUUCCUAGGAGAUUGUAAGACUUUCUACAGAUCACUUCAGGAUUUUCUGGAUUUAUGGAAGUAUGUGUUAAUUGAGAGAUGUGUGUGUUUGUGUGCAUGAGUGUGUAAGAAUACUAGCGUGUGUGUUUGGAGUUGCUUUUGCCGAGAAAUGUUUUGUGCUUGUUAGCCAAAGAAAAAAGUAUAUUGUAAAUACUGCUUUUGACAUAAAAAUCAACCCACACUAUUGAGAGAGCCAAAAAGGGAAGAGUAUAUGCUGCACAUACCAAAAAUGUGUUAAACGAACAGUAUUUUGAAGUUCACAAAGUGCCUCAUAUGUUCACAUAUCCUGGAUAUUGAGUUGUGUCUCUCUUUUACUACUUUUUUAUGUAAUAUAUUGUAAAUCUUUGAUUAUUAAAAUACAAUUCAUGUACAGUAUCGACACUAAAA